UGUCUCUCCUGCCCAGAGCGCGGAACGAGCUGUCUCGGAAGCCGAAGCAGCAAGAACAGAAGCCGACGCGAUCAGAGACGUCGUUGUAGGAGAGCAAGAUGAGAACGUUUCCACAACCCUCAAGGGAGAGGCUGCUGUACAGAUGGACAAUGAGAAACGACCAGCUGCUCCCAUUUCUCCACUUGAGCAAAAGCCUUCGCUUCCGGAGACGUUCACAGCUCGUUCUCUUUACCCAUUGUAUGUGCUCGCAAAGAGCCAACGUCGGCUACUGAGCAAAGUGAAAGUUGUCUUGGAACAUGCAUGCUACACAUUUGGGAAAGUGGCUAUGGCCCAUGGGAUACCAAAGCAAGGCUGGGAUAGUCCAGACUGUGUCAAGCUCAACGUGUGGGUGCGUUUGUUCAAGUCGGAGGAAAAUUUGUUCGAUGCAAGAGGAAUUGCGGCCAUUGGUAAGCCUUUGCCAGACCUACAAGUGUCGAAAUUUGUGGCGGUCUGGUCCGUUGUAGUAUACUGAUAGCUACGGUAAACAAUAACGUAGGACUAUCGGGUC